CAAGUUACAGCAUCAUGCAUGUGUGCAAACUGUCUCUCCAUCAGCAGAUACUCUCCAUCAGCUGUGCAGCAUUUGAGAAUUUCGAGAUUGCAGUGCAGCUAAACAUCUUGGUUAAUGGUUUGUCAUGGGAUGACGCACCAGAGGAGAAUGGUCAAGACAGUGAGUGCAACACUUUAGAUGACUUGCUGGAUGAGAAGAUUGUACAGACCACAUGGAAACGCAGCGCUUACCCCAAAAAAAUCCUUCCAUAUGUUGUCCGAUCUUUAAAAGCUGAGCGCAAACUUAUGAAUAUGUUUGAAAAUUCAAUCAAGCCACAGGAAGUGAAGCGAGACGAAAAUCAAGACGCCAUUAUGAAUAAUGUUACUGCUGCUGCACCUGCAAUGUUCAAACAAGCAUCUACAGUCAUGAAGUCUCUAAAGGCCCUGAAGCCGAUGGCAGAAGGUCUGCACCAAGUGCUGAACAUGCAACCCUCAGCCAAGACACUAGAGACAUACAAAGAAGUGUUUAGUGGCUCUAAUGGGAAUAGUGUUGUAUUUUGCAACAGACAGCCUGUUAACAAGAACACAAUUCAAAGAGCUUUAUCUGAGACUGAAUACAGCAUGGAUUACGUCCCUGCGAUCGAACAUCCACACACAUCUACUCAAGAUGACUAAGUGUGUCUUUCUGUGUGUUUGCGUACAUGUGUUUGUGUGUGUAUACUGUACAGGAUCAGUUGUAUGUGUAUUGUAAUGCAUAAAUAAUGUCCAUUAAAUGUUUUAUAAACUU